AUGAAACUCGCAGAACAACAAGUUCAAGAAUUCUUGGAAUAUCUUACAAUCCAUCCAAUAUUCCCUCCUCCAAUUAUGAACCCCGAAAUAAUAUAUAAAUCGUUAAACGGAAGAAGUCCAAAGUCUAGAGCAAAACCUACAACUAUUCGAUCUCUUCUACGAUUCUUCAUGAAAGAGUCAGCAAGACAACUCCAAAUGAUUGUAGACGAAAACAUUAUCAGCAGAACCGAAUUCCACUUGCGUAAAAGAGCUACUAUGGAAGAAAUGUCGGUAUACAAAAGAUUGUCUGACCAAGUCAACGAGAGAAUCAAAAGAAAAUGA